GUCCCACAGUUGAACUGUCAGCGAGCGACAUAGCAGGCAGACGAGGAAAAGCAAGUGAGGUGAACAGACGCGUUUUGCCUGUCUGAGCCUAGAUGGUCAUAUAGCCUAUGAAGACUACUCAUCACCAGCAACGAACAAGGGAUUUUAACACUGCCAUAGGUAUCUGAGAUCAAGACCCUCCCCCUUGAAAAACUUUGUUGUCAAUAACUCCUCUUGGCACGCUCUCUCUCUCAUACCCGCACACACACACACAAUGCCCAUGUGGAACAACAACAGUCUCUGAUACCUGCCUAAUCAGAUUAUGAGGAUUUGCCAUUACUGUGUCAAUGACGGGUAAAAUGGAAACACCCUUCUAUCACGAUGACACGCCAAAUGUGCCUAACUUUGGGCAAAUGCCAGAUGCAUAUGAGCGCUACCAGGCCCACAAGAUGAUGAGCAAGAAGAACAUGGCGGUGGCGGCUGCCCACCACUUCCCCGGCGGCGCCGUGGGCAGCUCCUCGGGCCUCAAGCUGCUCCAGGGCCAGCCGGGCACCAACGGCAACAUCAACCCCAACAGCCUGGGCAUCAACAGCAGCGGCGGCCCAAACCCUGCUCUCAUGACGCAGCAGGAACUGGAGCAGCUCAUCAUCCACACCAACCAGGGCCAAGGGCCCAACUCGGGCAACCCCUUCAUGUACCGUAACCAGGCCACCAACGAGCAGGAAGGCUUCGCCGACGGCUUCGUCAAGGCCCUGGCCGAGCUGCACAAGCAGAACCAGCUGGUCGGGGCGCCCAUGUCCCCCCAGGGCUCCUACCAGAGGAACCUCAUGGCCGGAGGGGAAAUGCCCAUCUACACCAACCUCAGCAGCUACAACCCCAACGCCCUGACCGUCUCGUCUUCAUACCACGGCCAGCAGAUCCCCUACACAUCAGUAGGGGGCCACGGUGGCCCUGGACACAGCGGUCAGGCCCCCGGCGGCGGCGGCCACCACCCGCACCACCACCCGCACGGCCGGGGCGGCAUGGACGCGCCGCAGACGGUGCCCGAGGUGCCGCACCCGCCGGGCGCCGACCCCACCAGCUCGCCGCCCUCGCUCUCGCCCAUCGACCUGGAGACGCAGGAGCGCAUCAAGGCCGAGCGCAAGAAGCUGCGCAACCGCAUCGCCGCCUCCAAGUGCCGGCGGCGGAAGCUGGAGCGCAUCUCACGGCUGGAGGAGAAGGUCAAGGUGCUGAAGACCCAGAACUCGGACCUGGCCUCCACGGCCAGCGUCCUGCGCGAGCAGGUGGCCCAGCUCAAGCAGAAGGUCAUGAAUCACGUCACCAACGGCUGCCAGAUCGCCGUCAGCUCGGCCAGCAUGGCCGCCGAGAGCAGGGAGAGCACCAGCUGCUGAAACACUGACAACACACACUUACACACUUACUCACAAAAAACCAACACAAUGGAGACAAGGUUUUCUCGCUCUGUUCUCCCCUCUCUCGCUCACCCUCACCCUCACUCUCGCUCUCUCUCUCUCUCGAUAUCAUUGGCUGUCACACUCCCUCUCUGGCUCUCUCUCAUUAUCAUUCUCUCUCUCUCUCUCUCUCUCUCUCCCUCUCUCUCUGUCUCUCUCUCACUCUCUCUCAUUAUCUUACUCUCUCUCUCCCUCUCUCUCUGUCUCUCUCUCACUCUCUCUCAUUAUCUUACUCUCUCUCUCUCUCUCUGUCACUCUACAUGCGGUGCGCGCUCACUCUUUCUCUUUUCUCUCAGUUUUGUUCCGCUGUCACUGUUUGAGUCACUGGCUGUGGAGAAAUGACAGAGUAAACAGUGAUUAGAGAUGGUAGCUGAGGUGAGACUCUGAAGAGGUGCAAGAGAGGGGUGAAGGGGAAACCCCUCUUACCUCUCUCAGGCGAUUAGGGAGAGUGAGAGGUAGAGACUGAGCCAGAGAGAGAGAGAGAGAGGUGCGGUUGGGGGACAGAGAUCCAACUGAAGAACAUUUCAGGACAUUUUCUUGACUUCUGACAGGAGAAUCAUUGACAACAGAAAACAUAUUUUUUUGUGAAAAGUCAGGAGCACUGCGAGAAUGCCAUCCGAGUCAGAUGGGAUGGUCCAAAGGGAAAUGCUCCAUACAACACAGACUUGCACACACAGAGAUGGGCACACACACACACACACACACACACACACACACACGCACGCACGCACGCACGCACGCACGCACACACAUAGACACGCACGCACGCACACACACACACACACACACACACACACACACGCACACACAUAGACACGCACGCACGCACACACACACACACACACACACACACACAGACAAGCACUCCUCUGAGAUAAGAGUGAGGACUGUGCUUUAUUGUAUGGCACUUUGCACUCGUUCAGGCUAGCUGGAGCCACAGUGGCAUCGGCGAGAGAGGGAGAGAGAGAGAGAGAGAGAGAGAGAGAGAAGGAGAGAGAGAGGGAGAGAGAGAAUUGUCCCACAUUCCCUUUAGCAGCCUUGAGGAUUACGUUAGCCUGACACACACACACACACACACACACACACACACACACACACAGAGCAGCCUGUAUCUCUGGAGUGACGCGGCUUAUUCAAACAUGGUGGAUUCACUGUGGGGACAUGGAGUUGACUCAGAAUGGGGAUUCCUCGCAUACAGUCAUACAAAUAAUGAAAAAAAACCGUACCCCCUUAGGACCCUUUGGAGACUUGCUCACCCCAAUUCAGAGGGGGGCUAUGCCUGGUAUGACGAUUUCUGUUUUAUUUGUUCUUCGUUUCAACUCGAGUUUUGUUUUUUCAUAUUUAGUUUAUUUUUUUGUCAGCUAUACAAUUGAUUGGGUAAACGUGUGCUUAAUUACAUUUGAAAUGAUAUGCACUAGAGUUGUGAGGUCAACUUUUACGACAUUUCAAAGUGACCAGCAGUUAGGUGAAUAGAAGCAUGUGUGGGGGACUACAUGGAGACGACAAUGCACCUACGUAUGACUGAAGACUUUUGGAAACGGAAGCUCUUUAGAACUUGGUCACAGUGUAUACCCACAUUAACUGAGUUAGUUGGCUGUGUUGUGGUGUAGAUAUCAGUGCAGAUUCCUCUAUUUUUGUCGAAGUCAUCAAGUCUCAAGAACCCAGUGGAGCAUAUUGUUAGUAUGUUUGUUUUACUAUUGUGCAAUUUGUGAAUAUUGAGGAAAAAAACACGACUUUUUUAAAACAAAAAGUCAAACUUUCAACUUUUUAAAUGUGUAUGAAAUGAUUCUGUUUAUUUUGAGAUUUAGAGUAGUUUUGAAAUGAGAGAAAGAGAAAAAAACAUUUAAACAACAAAAAAAUGCGUACGGCCUGGACUUUAUAAAUGAGCAACACCAGAGCACUAUCGAUGGUACUUAUGACUGCUUUUGGUUGAGCCUGAGCAACAUUGAAUCUGCAUUCCAAGACAAAGACCUUUUGCACUGUAUUUCCUCGUACACCUUUAAUAACACGUUAAUACCAUGCGUUUUACCUGGACAGCAUGUAUUAACUACAAGCAACAGCGUGUUGGACUGCCACCGUAAGCCACACUAGUUUAUUUUAUUUUAUUUUAUAUUUAGAUUUUUUUUGUGCUGAGAGGACAAAAUGCUGAGAUACAGAAAGGGAGAAUUUAUUUUACAAAUCUCAUUUUUUUGGUUACAACACGAAAGCCAGUUGGAAAAAAAAUAGAAAAGGGCUUUUCAAGUAAUAGUAUUUUUCCCCUUUGGUUUGAUUUUGUUUUUGCAUUGUUUGUUUUUUGUAAGAUUUUUUCAGAAGCAAUUUAUUUAUGCAAAAAUUAUCUAUACUAUUUAUGUUGUUUAUGUAAAGGAACUGUACAGGUGGAAAUACCAGUGUCUUAUUGACACUAUUUUGGACUUUAUAUUGCACAUAAAUCAUAACAUUAAAUGAUGUCUGAUAUUUAU